AUGAACUCCAACGCAGUGAACACCCUGGACCACUUCUCGGUGGCCCACAACACGGACAGCAAGGAGUGGCUCCGGGGCACGUACCACUAUACCGAGACCGAGGGCGAGGCAAACUCGGGAGCGUGCAUGCGUCCGCCCUCUCCGGUCGUAGGCUUAUGA